GUCGUACUAUGCGGGCAUGCUCACAAAUCCGCCGAAAGAGGAGGACGGGGAGAAGGACAUGAUCACACCCACCCUGAAGUUCAUCGGCUACGGCGCUGUAGUCGGCUUUGCCUACUUGGCAGUUUUUGUGGGAGUGAACUCCGGAGGGCCCUGA